AUGGCAUUGAUCCCCUCUACUCCAUGAGAUCUGGUCUUCCUUGUUGACAGAAGCCAUCUGGUUUAUGCAGCAUCCGGGACCUCAGCUUUAAUCACUCCCACCUGUGGCAAACCAGGAGAGAGACUUUUGGGGAGAGGAAUCCAGGUUCCCUGGGUCCUUGUCUCCUCCCCCAGGAUGCUGAGGGCAGCCCUGUGUGCCGUCUUUCUCUUAGGCGCCCUGCCAUCAUUGGCCAAGGAGUCCCGAGGGCAUGUCUCAGUCGUCUUGCUGGGAGCCACGGGGGACCUGGCCAAGAAGUACUUGUGGGAGGGGCUGUUCCACCUCUACCUGGACCAGGUGAGCAGCGGCCACAGCUUCACUUUCCACGGGGCUGCGCUGACGGCGCACGAGCCAGGGCAGGGGCUGAUGUUUGAGGUGCUGAAGAAGCUGGCCUGCCCGUCGGACGUGUCCCCCGACAGGUGCGCUAUGGUCAAAGACCAGUUCCUCAAGCUGAGCCGGUAUCACCAGCUGAAGACGUCCGACAACUACACUGCCCUGAAUCGGGAGAUUGAGACCCUGCUCCAGCAGGAGGGGCUGGAGGAAGCCGGCAGGAUCUUCUACUUCUCGGUGCCGCCCUUCGCCUACGCGGAGAUCGCCCGCCACAUCAAUGGCAGCUGCAGGCCGCGCCCCGGAGCCUGGCUGCGGGUGGUGCUGGAGAAGCCUUUUGGCCAUGACCUCAAGUCAGCCCAGCAGCUGGCCAUCGAGCUGAGGACUUUCUUCCGGGAAGAGGAGAUGUACCGGGUGGAUCACUACCUUGGCAAACAGGCUGUGGCCCACAUCCUGCCUUUCCGAGACCAGAACCGACGGUUUCUGGACCCAAUCUGGAACCGGCAUCAUGUGGAGAGAGUAGAGAUUGUCCUGAAGGAGACUCUGGAUGCUAAAGGCCGCACCAGCUUCUAUGAGCAGUACGGUGUCAUCCGCGACGUGCUCCAGAACCACCUCACCGAGGUCCUGAUGUAUCUCGCCAUGGAGCUGCCGGCCAACAUCAGCAGCACUGAAGACGUUCUCCGGCGCAAGCUGCAGACCUUCAAGGCAUUGCAGGGCCCGGAGAGCACCAGCGCGGUGCUGGGUCAAUACCAGGCCUACGCCAGCCAGGUGCGGGAGGAGCUGCAGAAGGCACAGGACUACGUCAGCACGACGCCGACCUUUGCAGGUGUGUUGAUUCAGCUAGACAGCCUGCGGUGGGAGGGAGUCCCCUUCCUCCUCACCUCUGGCAAAGCCCUGGACGAGCGGGUAGGCUACGUUCGCGUCCUCUUCAAGAACCGGGCCUACUGCACCCAGCGCGAGAGCCUGAGGGAGGCGGGGCAGAGCCAGUGUGGAGCCAAGCAGAUCAUCUUCUACAUCGGGCACGGGGAGCUGAGCUGUCCUGCCGUGCUGAUCAGCCGGAACCUCUUCAAGCCCAUCAUGCCAGAAGGCAGCUGGAAGGAGGUGGCGGAUCGCCCGCAGCUGCGCCUCUUCGGGCUCCCGCUGUCUGAUUACUACGUGUACAGCCCCGUGAAGGAGAGAGAGGCUUAUUCUGUCCUCAUCUCCAGCAUCUUCCAUGGCAGGAAGGACUCCUUCAUCACCACUGAGAACCUGCUGGCGUCUUGGGAGUUCUGGACCCCACUGCUGGACAGCUUAACCCAGCAGGUCCCGCGCCUGUACCCGGGGGGCCUGGAGAACCAGCACCUCCUGGACUUUGAAAUGGUGGGCAGGGAGCUGUCCUUCACGCUGGAGGAGCCGGUGGAACUGCUGCACAUCGAUGGGCAAAAGCCAGGCGACUACAGAACCAUCCAGGCCAAGUUUCGGCAAAGCCCCUUGGUCUCGGCUUGGCCGGAGGAGCUGAUCGCCCGGUUGGCAUUGGACAUUGAGACGGCGGCGGCCGAGGCUGUGGCACGCUGCGGCGAGUUCCACCUGGCCCUGUCAGGCGGCUCGAGCCCCAUUGUCAUGUUCCGGCGGCUGGCGACCCACCACUACGGCUUCCCAUGGAGACACACCCACUUGUGGCUGGUGGACGAGCGCUGCGUGCCGCUCGCCGACCCGGAGUCCAACUUCCGCAGCUUGCACGACCACCUCCUCCAGCACGUCCGGGUGCCCUACCUCAACAUCCACCCCAUGCCGGUGCACCUCAACCGGCGGCUGUGCGUGGAGGAGGACCGGGGGCCAGAGCUGUACGCCAAGGAGAUCGCAGCGCUAGUGAACAACGCCAGCUUGGACUUUGUGCUGCUGGGGCUGGGCUCCGACGGGCACACAGCCUCGCUCUUCCCGCGUUCAUCCAGCGGCCUCGAAGGGGCCCAGACGGUGGUGCUCACGGAGAGCCCCGUCAAACCCCACCAGAGGAUGAGCCUCAGCCUGCCUCUCAUCAACAAAGCCAGGCAGGUGGCCGUGCUGGUGAUGGGGAAGGGGAAGCAUGAAAUCACAACCCAGAUGAGUAGAGUGGGGCAGGAGCCCAGAAAGUGGCCUAUUUCAGGGGUCAACCCCAGCUCUGGCCAGCUGGUAUGGUACAUGGAUUAUGACGCUUUGCUUGGAUGA